AUGAAUAUCAAGAUGUUUGUGCCCGAAAACGACGUUGUGGUCUAUGGCUCCACGUCGGGCGCCGUAGCGACAGCAAUCCAAAGCGCAAAGCUCGGCCGAACGGUAGUCUUGGUAUCACCAGACGAACACAUCGGUGGCAUCCAAAUUGAAGGUCUGGGCGCUACCGAUAUUGACAAUCAAGCUGAAGUUUUCAACAGCCCGACUGUGGGCGGGCUUGCACUGGAGUUUCACCGUCGGAUGAGCAAGUUCUAUGGACGUCUGGAGCAUUUGGAGUAUUGCGUGAAAGAAGGCAUCAAGGAUCCAGACGUGUGGCGAUUCGAGUCUCGGGUUGCUGAGCAAAUUAUCGAGGAGUGGCUGGCCGAGUUUGAGAAUAUUACAAUCAUCAAGGGAGCUCUUGAUUCUACAAAUCCCGUCGUUCGAGACAGCAGCAGAAUCCGUGGACUCAGGUUGACCGAUGGAAUUGUUGUGUCUGGCCGUGUCUUUGUGGAAGCAUCGUAUGAGGGCGAUAUGCUCGCUGCUUCAGGAAUAACAACAACUUACGGGAGGGAAUCUAGCUCAACAUAUGGUGAGAGUCUGGCUGGGGUGCGAGAGAAUACCACAUACACACAGAUUGAUGUGCCAAUCGACCCCUAUAACAUCCCGGGCGACAGUUCGUCGGGUCUGAUCCACGGUAUUUCCCCUGAGCCCUUUGGGAAAGCAGGAGACGGGGAUAAGCAUCUCGCAGCCUUUUCCUACCGCAUUCCCCUCACAGAUCGACCAGAGAAUCGGUUUCCCAUCUCUAAGCCAGAAGGCUACGAUCCCACUCACUAUGAAUUGCAUCGUCGCUACGUCAGAGCAGGCGGAACCUUGUACACUCCGAGGAAGAGACUGCCUGGAGGUAAGACAGACUUGAUCGGUUCCGAGGCUCCACUUGCUACAGAUCUCCUGGGCAUGAAUGACAAAUGGGCGACGGGAACUCGUGAUGAGCGCCAGAGAAUUCUAGACGACACCGCUCUAUUCACAAAGGGUCUUCUGUACUUUUUCGCCAAUGACGAUUGCUUGCCCGCCGACUUUAGAGCGGAAUGGUCGCGCUUUGGAUAUUGUCUCGACGAGUUUCCAGACAACAAUCAUUUCCCGCGAAAGCUUUACAUUCGCGAUGCACGACGCAUGGUCUCCGACUAUGUCAUUACUGAGCACACGGCAUCCCGCGAUAAUGGCGAGGACCCGGUGGAUGACCCCGUCGCCAUUGCAUAUUGGCCCACUGACACGCAUUGUGUGCGACGAAUUCUACGUGACGGCAAAGUCCACAAUGAGGGAUUCAUCUUCAAGGACGGACACCGAUGGCGACCCUUUGGUAUUGCCUAUCGAUCGCUGGUCCCCAAGCUGAGUGAAGCGGAAAAUGUCAUUACUGUCACAUGUCCGUCUUCAUCGCAUGUUGGAUACGGCGCCGUUCGGCUCGAGCAUCAAUUUUAUGCUCUAGGACAAGCCUGUGCAAAUGCCUGCGAUAUUGUAUUAAAGGACUCAGUCCCAUUCCAAAAGGUGCCUUACCACCAACUGAAGGAGAGAUUGUUACAACAAGGCGCAAUCCUCGAUGUGAGCAAAGUUGGCGCCCCGGAAUUUCCGGGAGAUGAGUUGUAA